AUGGCUGCUACAGGUUGGGAUACUGGAAAAAUUUAUAGCGCAGGAAAUCACCAAACUCAAACUCAAAAUGAUUCACGAGCUGUAACAGAGUCAAAAUUCUACAAUUUUGUUGAUCAAUUUCGAGUAGAAGAACAUUUUGUCUAUAGAGAAAAGAUUAAGAGAAAUGCUGAAGGCCGUAAAUUUAAUCUCGUUGUACAAAUGGACCAUCUUGACGAAGCUGAUAGGAACCUUUCUGAUAAAUUAAAGUCUAAUCCAGCAGACAUAUUACCAUUAUUUGAAACAGCCGUGACAAAUUUAGCAAAAAAACUUUUACAAGAUGAAUCGAUUCUUCUUUUUCAAGUUUUACUUCGUUCUAAUGACAGUAUUCAAGAUUUAAGAAAACUAAACUCAAAUAACAUUUCUCAGCUUGUUCGCGUUUCCGGUAUUAUUAUUGCAGCAACAAAUCUCACUGCAAAAGCAACACAUAUUCAGAUUAUGUGUAAAACUUGCAGACAAUAUAAAAUGAUUCAUGUUGCUGGUGGAUUUUCAGGAAUUCAAUUACCUCGAUCAUGUGAUAGUGACCCAACCGGUUUAGGACCUAAAGAUUGUGGGCUUGAUCCUUAUGUCGUAAUCCAUGACAAAUGUACUUUUGUGGAUCAACAAGUUUUGAAACUUCAAGAACUUCCUGAACUUCUUCCUGUUGGUGAUUUACCACGUCAUAUAACAGUACAUGUAGACAGGUACUUGACCAAUAGAGUAAUUCCCGGGAGGCGUGUUACAACUGUGGGAAUAUAUGACAUUUUCCAAAGUUAUUCAUCGAAAAAACAAGGUCAAGGAAUUGGAACCCGUAUACCUUAUAUUAAAGCUCUUGGGCUUGAACUUGAUAACGAACAAAUAGGUCAAGAUUUGAGUAGUUUCACGCACGCUGAAGAAGAGGAAAUAAUUAAGUUAUCUCGAAGACCUGAUUUUUAUAAUAUAUUUACUAGUAGUAUAGCACCUUCGAUUUAUGGAAAUCAAGAAAUUAAGCAUGCAAUUUCUUGUUUACUUUUUGGUGGAAGCAAAAAAAUUCUGGCUGAUGGAAUGAAAUUAAGAGGCGAUAUUAAUGUUCUCUUGUUGGGCGACCCAGGAACCGCAAAAAGUCAAUUUCUAAAGUUUGUGCAUCAGGUCGCACCUGUCGCUGUAUACACUUCAGGAAAGGGCAGUAGUGCCGCAGGUCUGACGGCUGCUGUGGUCCGAGAUGUCGCUACUCGGGAAUUUCAUCUCGAAGGGGGUGCAAUGGUAUUGGCAGAUGGUGGGGUUAUAUGUAUAGAUGAAUUUGACAAGAUGCGAGAUGAAGAUCGAGUAGCAAUUCACGAAGCAAUGGAACAACAAACUAUUUCUAUUGCCAAGGCUGGUAUAACUACCAUACUCAAUUCUCGUACUUCAGUAUUAGCUGCUGCUAAUCCAAUAUUUGGUCGUUAUGAUGAUAUGAAAACUCCAGGAGAGAACAUUGAUUUUCAAACUACAAUACUGUCAAGAUUUGACAUGAUUUUUAUCGUGAAGGAUGUACACAAUGAUGAAAGAGAUCGGGAAAUUGCUCGUCAUGUACUCACAGUUCAUAUGCAUCGUGCUCCACCAGAAAAUGCGAUUGGUGAAGUUGACAUUGCUACAAUGAAAAAAUAUAUCGGAUAUGCUCGACUAAAAUGUGCCCCUCGAUUAUCUGCAGAAGCCGCGGAAAAAUUAAGUAGCCAUUUCGUCUCUAUUAGAUCUGAAGUAAAGAGAAUUGAACAAGAUACAGGGGCACGAUCUAUAAUCCCAAUUACGGUCAGACAAUUAGAAGCUAUCGUGCGUAUUUCGGAAUCUUUAGCCAAAAUGUCCUUAUCGCCACGAGUGGCAGAGCAGCAUGUGGAUGAGGCUAUACGCUUAUUCAAAAAAUCAACUAUGGACGCUCUACAAUCAGGAGAAGUGGACGGUAUUUCACAAGCUCAGAUAGCACGUGAAGUGAAAAAUGUGGAAAAGAUAAUUAAAAGUCGUAUUCCGAUGGGAUCAAGAGCUUCAGUCCAACGAAUAAUUAAAGACCUUGAAAGGGAUCAAUAUAAACCAAGUAUUAUAUCAAGAGCUAUUGAUAUUUUAGUAAGGCGUGAAGUAUUGCAGUAUAGAAAUCAGCGAAAAGUUAUUUUUAGAUCUGGGUUAUAA